AGAUGUUCAGAAGGACGACCUGGCUUCCAGACGGACUCAUCAGGGCUCUGUGGCUCCCAAGGUGCACCAGUUUGUGCCGGCGCCCGUGUGCAGCGACAGAGACAGAGAGCGCUGGGAGGGCAUUCGCCGGGCCUCUCAGCAGACUCUCCAGGAGAAGGAGAGCAGUGAGAAGGAAGCGCCUCCCGACAUCAUAACGCGCAGACACAACCCCUUCCUGAACUCCGCUCCUUGUGGAGAGCAGGGUGAGGAGGAGGAAGAGGAGGGGGAGCAGGAGAGAGAGGUUCAGGUCGUGCCUAACAAGCAGAAGGACGACCUGGCUCGGAGACGGGCUCAGAGUAGGACCCUCCCUCAACGGGACGGACCCUUGAGUUUUGUUUCGGCCUCUAUGAGCCAGGCUGACGUGAAGAAGUGGGAGAGGCUGAAGAUGACUGACCCCAGGUGCCACACACACACACACACACGUGCAGUACAGAGGACACACAGUACAUGCUGCUGUGUGUCAAAUGUGCAGUUUGUUGUGGCUGUGAAUGUGUGUGUGUGUGUGUGAGUGUGUGUGAAAGAUGACAAGAAAAAAUGUGCUGCGUAGGUGUGAGUCAGCAGCAUUCGUUCCUGUUUGGAGUCGAUCACGACAGAGAGUAAAAAAACAAAUGUUUGCUGAGAUGUAGUGAAGUAAACCUGUACCUCAGUUUGUAUCUCAUACAUCUCACUAAAUCCUGAUACAGUUUUCUACAAAUAUUCAGUAAGAAUUAGUAUUUUUAUUUGUUUACUCGCUGCUAUCGAGGGCCGUCUUUAUUUUAUUUAGGUAGAGAUUCAAAGAAAAUAUGUGAUGAACUGGAAAGCGUUGAAGCAGACAGAACUAAGAACAUACAUGAGGAUUAUGACAAGGUUCCACCAGAUGACCACUGGUAAAAAUCACUGACCGCUGGUCAAAUACUGGAGCUGGUCUGUCUCUUCAGUAAGGAUGUCAGUUUUUCGGCACAGUUUUUUCAGUCUUCCUGCAUAAGAAACUUCACAAAAACAAGCCAGAUAAGUUAACAAGAUUUUACAUUUAUAUAAAAUUGUGUUUUUUUUUCUUUUUGUGACAUAAGACUAGGUCAGAUGUAUCCAAAGAUACACACACAGACAUUCCUUUAACAGCCCUGGUGUGGUCCAGUCUCAUGGUCUCUUCAUGUGCUUCUUCAUUCUCCUCAUUACUGUUCUGACUUCACUCCUCUUCAGUCUUCUUUGAUGGGCAAAGAAUGGGAAAUAGGGAACUGGCUGUGGUGUGUUAGAGUGUGUGUGUGUGUGUUUUAGAGAGGGAGAGAGAGGGAGAGAGAGGGAGAGAGAGAGGACAAACAAGAAAAGAGGCCACUGUUGGCACUGUUGCGCUGCCUCAGUCUUUGUUUCUGUCUCUCUCUGUGCGCUGAUGUCAUUAGACAGGAGAAAGAGUUUUUUGUUUUUCCCAGAGGAUCAGCCGUCUACAGGAAUAUGUGGCUACCUAUAGAGCGGCUAAAGAGACGGCCAUGUGUGUGUGAAUUUGCAUGUGUUGGGAUUAAUUGUAGCGUCACACACACACACACACACACACACCGGGACUUCUAGCCUGUUGUGCUCAUCCAUUUCCACUUCCUCUCUGACCUGUGACAUCAUUUCCACCUCAUCCUUCCUUUGUCUGACUCUUUGUUGUUCAUGAAUAUCUUCUCCCCCUUGUUCUUUCCCUGGCUGUUGUUGUUGUUGUUGUUACUGUCGUACGUACGUGCCGUUGUUGUUGUCGUUGUUGUCGUUGUACGCUUGUUCAUCUGUGAGGUUGUUCCAUCUACAGUGAGGCUAACCCGGCACCCGUGUGUCAGGCUUGUUUGGAGAAAACUUAUGGGAGUCCUUUCAGCGGAACAGCAAAGGCAGGACGAGGUCACAGCAAAGUAGUGACCUUUGGGGGCGUGACUGAGAUGGGGCAGCCAGUAGACACGGUCCCAUCCUGUGAAGGGGAGCCCAGGGAGUUGCUAAGACGACUCCUUUCCAAGGCAACCGUAGCCAUGCCUACCAUUGGCCUGGGCUCCCAGCUUUCUGAGCGGGAACGCAGUUAUGUCGACGGAGCCGACCACCAUCAAAGUGUGUCUCCUCCGGCUGAGCACCGACCGUGGAGCCCAGAGUUUGUCACCUCUAACGCUGAGCUGGAUGCCCGUCUGGCUCAGUACGAAGGCAGAACAGAGGAGGAGGAGGACGAGGAGGACGAACAGGAGAGGAUCCCUGAUCUUCAGAAAGACGAUAUGAUGGCGAGGAGGACGGGAGUUUUCCAUAAACAAAGCAGCGCUGCAGUGACUUACAACCAUUUCCUGCCUCCGCCCGCCUCCAGGCACAGCACGCAGAGCGUGGACUCUGUUGAUGCUGCGCCGCGGAGCAAGAAGCAGGUGCAGGUGGACAGGAGCCAGAGACUGAACGUCAGAACGGAGCAACAACAACAGCAACAACAGCAACAAGAAGUCAAAGUUCAGAUGGAAACACGGCAGCCUGACGCGACCGUAGUCCGCUCGACGUCUCAGAGUGAGCCGGAAUAUAACGAUGAUGAGGAAGAGUAUGGUGAGAACGAGCCUGUGCCUGACCUGGAGAAGGACGACAUGAUGGCACGAAGGACCCGUUCAUACCAGAAAGGCAAACAAACAGCUGCACCCAGGAUAGGUCCGUCCUUUAACCGGUUCUUACCUGUUCCCGGAUCAGUUAAGUUCACCGUCAGCCCCGUGUCUGCCAUGAAGCAGCUGCACUGCCGACCCAAACAUGUGGAGAAGAUGGAGAGUGAAAGUAAUGUUGCUAUAGCAGCUGAACCUCAGGUACCGCCCCCCUCCACCCAGACCAACCCCAAGUACGCCCAGCCAAGGAAAAGGUAGGAGAAAGUGGAGGAGGAGGAGGAGGAGGAGAGUCCAAAUCGAGAGG